AUGAGGCGAACAUUGAAUGUACAGCGGGUUCUGAAACUGUUUUACGACGAGGAAGAUAUUUCUUCUUCCUCGUCUUCGUCCGAGGACGAGGAGGAGAAUGACGAAGAUGAAGAGAUGAUAGACCCAUCCUUUGGGUCCGAUGAUGUCGCCAGUGAUGGGAGAUAUGAGCAUUGCGGACCCUCUUGCCGGAGGUCUACCCAGAGAAGGUGUGGGACUAGGAGUCAAACGAGAUCCAGAUCUCCACAACCUGAGCCACUCCAUCACUUGGAGCCUUGGAGAACUGGAAACGACCCUGACAUUGCCCCACCAAUUAGCCCCUUCAUGCCACGGAGACCACCAGGAGCCCAGUUGGACAGUCAUGUCGCCUAUUCACCGCGGGACCUCUUUCAGCUGUACUUUUCUCCAGCCACACUCCACAAACUGUGUGAAAACACCAACAAGCAAGCAGCACGCAAUAAAGAAAUGGGAAAGAAGAACAUCUGGGUUGAUGUCGAUGUUGAGGAACUCUGCAAGUUCAUCGGGCUCCUUAUAUUCACAUCUGUGGUGUCAAUGCCAAACAUCAAAGAUUACUGGAAACAGGACACAAUUACAUCACUGCCGUUUCCAGGCACCGUGAUGCCAAGGGAUCGUUUUCGGAAUCUGCUCACCAACAUUCAUCCGAGUGACCCAGAGGAGGACCGAAAAAAUGACAAGAGGAAGGGAACUCCAUCGUAUGAUAAGUUGUUCAAGAUGAAGCCCCUUAUUGAUGACAUCCUCCGUGCAUGCCAAGCCCACUAUCAUUCGAGGAGGGAAUUGGCUGUGGAUGAAAGACCGGUGGAAAGAAGAACUGGAAAGACCCAAAGCAUGACGGUCAAGCCUGCUAAGUGGGGGAUGAAACUAAUUGUGUUGGUCGACUCCAGCAAUGGUUACACGGUUAGUUUUAAUGUUCAUGUAGAGAAAAAUCACACGGAAACAGAGCACGGGCUUGCUUAUGAUGCCGUGAUGAACCUUAUCCAGCCAUUAUAUCUCUGUACUGGCUACCAUGUUUACAUGGACAAUUUUUAUUCCAGCCCCCAGUUGUUCCUUAAGUUAGCAGAGCUGAAGUUUGGAGCCUGUGGAACAUACAGGGACAACAAGAGCGGAUGCCCAACUAAUAGAGAAAACGCGCUCACUAAAACCUCAGAGAGGGGUGCGGUCAGAUGGAUCAGGGAGGGCUACCUUGUUUUUGUUAAGUGGAUGGACACCCAGGAGGUGUCUAUGUGCUCCACGAUCCAUCCGGCGUUUUCUGGGGAGGUGGUCAAGAGAAGAGUGAAGGACGAAGACGGCCGCUGGUCAACAAAAGAGAUCUCCUGCCCUACCCCGGUCAUUGCCUACAACAGAAACAUGUGCGGUGUUGACCUGUCGGACCAGCUGUUGCAGUACUACUCCACCAACCGAGAAACUGUACACUGGUGCCGCAAAGUUUUCCUGCACCUUGUGGACAUUGCUGCCACUAAUGCCUACCUUCUCCAAUGUGAAAUCAGCACCUCAAACCAGAUGAAGCCCAUGUCCCGCAAGGACUUUCAAACAGAGCUGGCGGCUCAGCUAUGUGGUGUGGACUGGAGCGACAGGACAUCCAGUAAAAUUCCAGGUCACGUUCCUGUUCCAAUUGCUGUGGUAACAGACUCGCGCUUGAAAACCACACAAGGCCGCAGGAAGUGUAAACAUUGCCAUCAAAUGGGCAGAAGGAACCUCACUCCUUGGAUGUGCAAGUCCUGCAAUGUGUCAUUGUGUGUUAUUUUGGACAGAAACUGUUUUGAAGAGUGGCAUACGUAA